AUGUCACAAAGAGGUAAACGCGGUAAUCAGCAGCAGCUGCAGCAGCAGCAACCGCCGCAACAGCAGCUGCGUCAAGAUGUUGAGCCGCAGCCGCCGCCCACAAAGCGACGCAAAGGACGACCACCCAAUAGCAGCAGCACCUGGCAAGCGCGCUCCGUGGCCGAUAUCAAAAUGUCGAGCAUCUACAAUCGUAGCUCAACCGAAGCGCCAGCUGAACUCUAUCGCAAGGAUCUCAUUAGCGCAAUGAAAUUGCCAGACUCAGAGCCGUUGGCCAACUACGAGUAUCUGAUUGUAACCGAUCAAUGGAAACAGGAAUGGGAGAAGGGCGUACAGGUGCCUGUCAAUCCCGAUUCGCUGCCUGAGCCGUGUGUCUAUGUGCUGUCCGAGCCGAUUGUGUCGCCAGCGCAUGACUUUAAACUUCCAAAAAAUCGUUUCCUGCGCAUCACCAAAGACGAACAUUAUUCGCCGGACCUGCAUUGUCUGACGAAUGUAGUUGCACUGGCGGAGAACACAUGUGCCUAUGAUAUUGAUCCCAUAGAUGAGGCCUGGCUGCGUCUAUACAAUGGCGAUCGUGCCCUCUGCGGCGCCUUUCCCAUUAACGAAACGCAGUUCGAGCGCGUCAUCGAGGAGCUGGAGGUGCGCUGUUGGGAGCAAAUUCAGGUCAUACUUAAGCAGGAGGAGGGUCUGGGCAUUGAGUUUGAUGAGAACGUCAUCUGUGAUGUUUGUCGCUCGCCCGACUCCGAGGAGGCCAACGAAAUGGUAUUCUGUGAUAAUUGCAACAUCUGCGUGCAUCAGGCUUGUUACGGCAUUACAGCGAUUCCAUCAGGCCAAUGGCUUUGUCGCACCUGCUCCAUGGGCAUAAAGCCGGAGUGUGUGCUCUGUCCGAACAAGGGCGGCGCCAUGAAGUCCAAUAAAUCGGGCAAGCAUUGGGCGCAUGUCUCGUGCGCCCUGUGGAUACCGGAAGUGAGCAUUGGAUGUGUCGAUCGCAUGGAGCCAAUAACAAAAAUCUCAAGCAUUCCGCAAAGUCGCUGGGCACUGAUCUGUGUGCUGUGCCGCGAGCGCGUCGGCAGCUGCAUCCAGUGCUCGGUGAAGACCUGCAAGACGGCCUAUCACGUGACCUGUGCGUUUCAGCAUGGCCUCGAGAUGCGUGCCAUCAUUGAGGAGGGCAACGCCGAGGACGGUGUCAAGCUGCGCUCCUAUUGCCAAAAGCACAGCAUGAGCAAGGGCAAAAAGGAGGGCGCCGCAUCGAGCCAUCACACAGCCGCCUCCAGCUGCAUGCAAAAGCACAACAACAAGUUCUCGAGCAGUGCGACAGCUGCGGGCGAUGACGCGGGCCACACAACAACGGGCGCCAAGGGCGAGGAUCAUCGCAGGCGCAAAAAUCAUCGCAAAAACGACAUGACCUCCGAGGAGCGCAAUCAGGCGCGCGCUCUACGUUUGCAGGAGGUUGAGGCGGAGUUCGAUAAGCACGUGAAUAUCAAUGACAUUAGCUGCCAUCUGUUCGAUGUGGACGAGGAUGCAAUCGAGGCCAUUUACAAUUAUUGGAAACUGAAGCGCAAGUCGCGACACAAUCGCGAACUGAUACCGCCCAAGUCCGAGGACGUGGAGAUGCUGGCGCGCAAGCAGGAGCAACAGGAUCUGGAGAAUCACAAGCUCGUGGUGCAUUUGCGACAGGAUCUGGAGCGUGUACGCAAUCUGUGCUACAUGGUCAGCCGGCGCGAGAAGCUCUCCCGCUCGUUGUUCAAGCUGCGCGAACAGGUCUUUUACAAGCAGCUCGGCGUGCUCGACGAGGCAGUGCAGCAGCAGCAGCAGCAGCAGCUCGUUCCAACGGAGCAGCAGCAGCCGCAGCAGGCGCAGAGACCCGCCCUCGACACGGAUGCCAUUAUCUAUGCAAACGAUGGGCCCACGCUGUACGAUAGCUUCUAUAGCUCAACGGAUCAGCUAACUGUGCCGGCGCAGUAUCGGAGCCUGGACUAUAUAUUGGAGCAGCUGAUGGGCAGGAAGCAGGUACGUGGACGCGCCUCGCAGUCGCCCAACAAGCGCAAGCAGGCGGCCGCCGCUGCGCUCAAGUCCUCGCCCAAAAAGAAGCUCAACAAUGGUGCAAUAUCAACAAAUACAACAGCAACAACAUUGGCCCAGAAGGCCGCCAAGCCACGUGGCUCGCCAAGGGCGCCGACGACAACGGCGUCCACGGCGAUGCCGUGUGCGGGGAGGCGUGCCUCGAAGAGCGGGCCGGCCGCGGCGGCGACGUCGAGCCAACAGCAUAAGUCACAUAAAUCCACAGCUGCUGCUGCGUCCGCCGCAACGUCUAGCGGCAGCUCGUCAUCGGCUGAUUCCAGCUCGGCGCGCAGCAGCAGCGCCAGCGCCAGCAGCAGCAGCUCCUCCGACUCCGGCAGCGCCAGCGGCAGCGAGUCCAACAGCGAUAGCCGCGGCUACCACGGCAACAAAUCCCAGCCAGCUGCUGGAGCAGUCAGAAAGCAAUCCUAUGCGCGCAGCGUUGAGCAGCGGCAGAGGCAGCGACAGCGGCGUCAAAGUGAGGCGGCUGCGUGUGCGUCUGCAGCGUCUGCGGAUGCGCGGACCAGCUGCAGCAGUUCCUCCAGCGACGACGACGACGACGAUCGGGCGAGAGCACGGGCACGGGCCAGAGAAAGGGAAAGGGAGCGGGAGCGAGAGCGUGAGCGUGUCAAGCGUCAACAGAAGUCAACAGCAGUACCUGCCAAAUGCCAAGCAACUAAGUCAAAGCACAGCGAAGGAUCCCGCCCAACGGGAGCGGGAACGGUCGCGGGAUCCGGCGCAGCGCGCAGAAAACAAGCUGCCACGACGCGUGGCCUUGCUCAGAUGGACAAGGAGAUGCGGCAGCAGGAACCGGGCAGCAUGUCCAGCGAUGAAAGUGAGGAGCUGCUGCCUGUAAAGCACGCCCGGAGCACAACAAACAGCCGGAACACAAGCGCCACGGCAGGAAAUCUUGCUGCGGCGGCUGCGACGGGUGCGACGGCGACAUCGGCCAUGCGCAAGAUGGGACAACACAUCUACUCCGACUCGGACAGCUCGACGACAACGACGCCGGAGCGCGAGGCGGCAGAGCAGCAGCAUCGAACGGAAACGGAGGCGGAGCAGGCGGCGACGGAGAGCAAUGUGAGCGAUUCACAAAAUCAGCAAACGAUACGCACCAAGGCGGCCAUGAAGGAGUUCGUGCCGGGCACAACUCCAACUGCAGCAACUGGAGCGCAAAACAAAUCCAAAGCCAACGCCAAGUCGAACAGCGGCAAGGGGAGUGCCGCGCCCGUCUUCCCGCCCGUGGACCUGCUCGUCGUGCCGCAGCGGCAGGCGGCCAAAAAGGCAUCCGAGAACAUGCGCAACUCGACGAAUCUCGCCACGGCGAUGCUACCGGAUGCCAGCGAGCGGCUGCGCGAGCCCGAGCCAAGUCCAGCCAAUGCCAACGCCAGCAGCGGCAGCAGCAAAGCCAAGGAUGAGGCGGAGAAGGCGCGGCUCAAGGAGCUGCCCAAGACGGCGGCCAAAACGACGGGCGAGACCAGAGCGGAGCGAGGCAAGCGCGGCCGGCCGCCCAAGCAGCAGAAGGAGAAGGAAAAGGAAAGGGAGAAGGAGAAGGAGCGGGAAAAGGAGAAGGAGCGGGAAAAGGAGAAGGAGCAGCAGGAGAAGGAGCGAGAGCGGGAGCGGGAGAAGCCAAAGGAGAAGGAGAAGCCCACGCCAGCGCCCACGCCCAAAAAUAAUGAGCUGGCCAAACUGGGCAACUUUGCCGUCUCCUAUGUGCCUCAGCGUCAGGCAGCCAAAAAGGCCGCCGAGCAGCUGAAGAGCAGCGGCGCAGCCCUGGCUAAAGCCACGCAGGAAACCAUUGCCAGCGAGGAUGCAGUCGGAGCAGCAGCGGGAACAAGCACUGGAGCAGCUGCAGCUACCACGACGACGCCGCCAAGCAGAGCAACUGCAUCUACGACGACGGCGACGCCUCCAAGCAGAGCAGCUGCAUCCAAGCAGCAGCAGCAGCAGACGACGCCCUUGCGACGCGGCUCGCAGCUGCGGCGCUCCAAGGAGGAGCAGACGCCCGUCAAGCGACGCAUUGCAGCGCCCAAUCUGUCCAGCUCCAGCUCUGGCGAGAGCAACAGCUCCAGCUCCGGCGAAAGUAACUCCAGCAGCAGCGCCAGCAGCAACUCGAGCAGCGGCAGCGACUCCGACAGCGACAGAACGCCGCAAAAGCCAGUUCCAGCACCCACCCAGGAGCUAGUGACGCCGCCGGCGCCGCCUAAAGCCUCCACACAGCGUCGCAAAUCCUCGCUAGACGAUGCGUCGCCGGCGCUGAGCAAACGUGCCACGCGCAAUUCCAAAUCGCGACCGCCCUCGCCGGCGCCGGCGCCGGCGCCGACGCCCGAGAAGCUGGCGAGCAAUCGGCGUAAAUCUCGCGCGGAAUCGCCGAAGAAAACGCCGCCAAAUCUGGAGCAUGAGAUAGCGCAGCGCAAGGCGGCAACGGGCGGGCGGGCGACCAGUGCGCUGGACAAGCUGCUCGACAAGAAGCAGCAGCAGCUCAACAAUGCCACGCCCGCGCCGACGACCACGCCUACAAUAACACGGGUGCCGACGCCCACGCCCACACCGACGCCGACGCCGCCUCCUCCGAAGCCAAGAAGUCCUCCACCGGAACCAGCAGCAGAGGAUCGUCUGGUCAGUAGUCCAACGCCGCCCGCGGCGCAGGAGGCCGGCGAGCAGCCGAUGGACAUUGACGAGGAGCUAACGACGGCGCCGACGCACACCCAGCUCUCGGCGAAUGCUAGCAAAUUGGCCGAGCUCUCGGCGGACAUUGAUGAGCGACCGCCGGCGGCGCCGUUGCCCGCCUCGCCGACGCCGACGCCCUCCAACGAUGAGCUGAGCGACGAUGAGCGAUCGGGCAGCGAUCGCAGCCGAUCGGACAGACGUCGCGGCAAUCGCUGGCGGCGCCGUCGGAGACGCACGCGCGACGAGGACGAGGAGGAGCAGGAGCAUACGCAUCACACGCAGCAUCUGCUCAACGAAAUGGAAAUGGCCCGCGAACUGGAGGAGGAGCGCAAAAAUGAGCUCCUAGCGAAUGCGAGCAAAUAUUCCGCGUCCACAUCCUCGCCGGCGGUUACCGUUAUUCCACCAGAGCCGCCAGAGAUUAUUGAGCUGGACUCGAACUCGAAUUCUGGAGAGCAGCAGCAGGUGCAGCAGGCGCAGCAGGUGCAGGCGCACGAUUCCCUGUUGCCAGUGGUGCCAUCGGUGCCAUCGGUUCCCGCGACGCCCUCGUGCAGCGCUUUGGAGCUGGAUGCGGCACAUCAGCCGAUUGUGGACGCCAUCCUGGAGCUGGAGGACAGCAAAUACGCCAACAGCUAUGCCUCCAGCCUGGCCAGCAGCGUCGCCAAUGUGCUCAAUCCGCCCAACUCGGGACGCCUCACGAGCCUGCUGGGCACCAGCCUAGGGGGCGGCGGGAGCAAGCAGAUCUUCGAGGAAGACAGCACGCUGGCCACGCGGAAUCUAGUCGAGAAGCUGCGCAAAACGAAGCGCAAGGCGCAGCUGGACGAGUGCAAGGACACGAUGGAUCUGCUGCCGCCCACGCCAGCUAUUCCCUCCGUCUUUCCGUUUCACAAUGCAGCUGAUCCCGAGGAUGUAAUACACGUGCAGAAGGAGCUGCAGCAGGCGCAGCAGCAGGCGGCGCAGCACCAGAACCUGGUGCUCUUUGGCAGCUCCGCGCCCAACUCCGUGGCCAGCCAGCUGACCAUCAAGGAUUCCCCGCUGACGGCCAACUCCGGCGGCAGCUAUGCCAACAGUUUGACCAACACUCCAAAUGCCACGCCCACAACGAAUGCAAGCAACAAUCUGGGCGGCUACAGCAGCAUGGUUAACUAUCAGACGGCGCAGGCGGCGCUCAGCUCAGCAGGAGGAGCUGGAAUGGGAGCAACUGGAGCGCCGCAAUCCACGCCCGACUUUGUGGAUCUGGCGGCGGCAGCUGUCAAGAAUAGCCUCAGCAGCUACCCAGGAUCAGGAGGCGCAACUGUCCCGCCCGUUCAGGCGAACUCCGGCCUGGUCGCCGCAACCAAUUCCCAGGCAAGCAACAACAACAACAAGCUGAGCGAUUACGAUGAGAACACGCGAAUGCAGUCGCCCUUUGGACGGAUGCAGCGCUGGAACGAGAACGAUCUGAUCGCGGCGAGACGCAGCAGUUCGCCCAGCUCCGUGUCCGAGUCGAACGAUCAGCCGCCCAGCCUGGACAAGAGCUACUUUAAUAGCUAUGCAGGAGCGGGAGUGGGAGCGGGAGCGGGAGCACCUGGAAUUGGAGCAACUGCAGCCUGCAACAACAACAACAGCGUACCAGGAAGUGGGAGCGGUAGCGGGAGUGGGAGUGGCAGCGGCGCCUUUGGCAGCCACACGCCGCUGGUGAAUGGCAUCGAUGCCAUGUCCAUGUACAACAACCAGACGCAACAGCCAGUGCAGCCGGUCCAGGCAACGACCACGCCCACACAUCAGCAGGCGCAGGCGCAGCGCACGCCCAACAGUCAACAGUAUAAUGGAGGCAUCUAUCCACAGCUGGCGGCCAUUAUCCAGGCGCAGCAGUCGACGCCGGCGGAGAGUCAGACGAUCUAUGGCAACAGCUCGCAGUCGCAGCCGAGCACGCCCUACGUAACCACUCCCUAUGCCACGCCCAAUAUGACGCUAACGCCCAAUCAUCACAAGGAGCUUAUCUCGCCCAGCAAACGCAGCAGCAGCAGCUCCGCCUCCGCCAAGCGGGAGCAGCAGAAGAAGUCGCCGCAGCUACCGCCGGGCAAGUCCCCGGGAAAAUCUCCAAGACAAGCUGCCGUCGCCGCGCUGCAGCCGCCCCCGCCUGUGCCCGUGCCACCGUCCGUACCCACGGCCACGCCCACGCCGCCCGCCAAAUACGAUCCGCUGACGCACACGCUCGCGGGCAAGCUGCGUCAACGUGCGCCACGUGGCAGCAGCAGCGGAUCGGGUGCAGCGGGCACGCGUGGACGUGGACGCGGACGCGGUCGAGGGCGGGGCGGCAGCUCGGGCAAUGCGAUGCUGCCGCUGCCGCCGCCGAUGGCGGACUAUGGCAGCAACACGCACAUUGUCAACAAUCUGGUGGGCACGCCGUACGAGUUCAACAACUACGACGACGAGCUGAGCGGAUCCGGCGUCGAGAAUCUGCAGUCGCUGCGGGAUCGCCGGCGCAGCUUCGAGCUGCGCACGCCGGGUGCAGCGCCCAGCACCACCAGCUAUGCCAGCUGCAAGCUGCGGGGCCAGAACAAGACGGCGGCCGGGACGACGUCUGCGACGACAACGUCCGCCGCGACAUCGUCCGCGACGUCUUCCUCCGCCGCGCCGGCUAAUCCGCUGCUGCAGCCUGUGCUGCCCGGCCCGGUCGAUAUGCGCACCUACAAUCUAGGCUUCGAGGCGCCCCACAGCAGCGCCUCCCAGGAGGCCUAUCAGAACAAUCUGCUCGGCGCCUUCGACUCCGGCACGGCGGAUCAGACGCUCAGCGAAUUCGACGAGGAGGACGAGCGACAGUUCCAGUCCGCGUUGCGGGCCACGGGCACCACGAGCAGCAGCAGCAACAAUCACAACAACAAUAACAACAACAAUCACAAUGGAAAUAAGGCAGCGGGAGGAGGAGGAGGCGUCUCUGUCCCAUCCCUGCAGCCCAGCCUGCUGCAGGGCGCGCUACUCCACUCGAGCGAGGCCAACCAGGCGGCGCCCACGCUUCUCACGGAACUGCUGCCCGCCGCUGCAGCUGCGGCUGCGGCGCUGGAGGCCUCGUUGGAGGCCACCUCGGAAGAGGUGUCUAUAGACUCCGAUACGACAACGAUGCUCAACACGAAGGCCUCGCUCUCGGAUGCACGCAAUCAGCUGAAGCUGAAGAUCAAGGGACCGCUCGCCUAUCCGGAUCUGCACUACAGCAGCAGCGUGACGCAAACGAGCUGCCAGCUGUCCACCGGAGCGGGCGGCGCCAGCAGCCUGGUGCAGACACAGGUGCAGGUCCAGACGACGGUCACGGCCAGCAGCGUUGCCACGGGCAGCAGUUCCUCGGCGGCUGCGCUCAGCGUGAGCGGCAAUUCACGGCGCAUGCGCAAGAAGGAGCUGCUCAGCCUGUAUGUCGUGCAGAAGGAUACGCUGAACGAUGACAGCUCCUGCGGCCUGCCGGCGGCAUCCGACAGCCUGCCGCUCGAGAAACUCGACAAGCUGGACGAGGAGCAGCCGGCGACGACGGCAACGGGCGGCAAUGCGAAGCGCUUUAAGAAGAACUCGAGCAACAGGGAGCUGCGCGCUUUGGACGCGGCCAAUGCCUGCCUUGAGGAGCAGGAGGAGGGAGCUGGUGCCUCGGCCGGAGGAGCAGCAGGAGCAGCUGCCGGCGAUGGCCGGCGGCGCAGCGCCUGCAGCUCGGGCAGCGCCACGGACAACGGCAAGACGGGCGCCGCCAGCAGCGCGGGCAAGCGACGCGGACGCAGCAAAACCCUGGAGAGCAGCGAGGAUGAUCAUCACCAGGCGGCGGCGGCGCUGGCGGCGACUGCGCCCAAGCUGAAGAUCAAGAUACGCGGGCUGCCCAGCGAAGCGCAGGAGCUGGAGCGGAGCGGCGGCAGCGGAACUAGCUACAGCUACGAGAUGACGCGACGCGCCUGUCCACCCAAGAAGCGGCUGACGAGCAACUACAGCACGCCUACUCUGGAGGAGAUCAAGCGCGACUCGAUGAACUAUCGCAAGAAGGUCAUGCAGGAUUUCGACAAGGGCGACGACAACAACAGCAGACGGGAGCUGGCACCGGGCGGCAAUGAGAGCCAGCAGCAGGUGCUCAAGCCGAAAAAGGACAAAAAGGACAAGCCCAAGAAGGACAAGAAGGAGAAGAAGCGGCUCAAGCAGCAGCUGCUGCUCCAGCAACAGCAGCAGCAGCAACAGUUGUUCAGCCUGAACAGCUGCGGUGGCAACAUCUUGACCAGCACCAUGACCACGACGCUGAUCGAGAACCGGCUGAGCGCCUCGCCCGGCGAGAAGCCCAAGCUCAUACUGCGUAUCAACAAGCGCAAGGCGGAGACAACGACCACAAUCAGCCUCGAUCAGCAGCAGCAGCAGGAGAAGCCGCAGCAGGAGAAGCCGGAGCAGCAGCAGCAGAUGGAGGCGCCGCUGCGCCUGAAGAUCGCGCGCAUUUCCGCUGGCGGUGUCUAUGUCAUCGGUGCCAAAACGGAGGCCAAGGAGACCGCCAAGCAGCCGGCGCCCACGCCCGCUCCAGCUCUAGCUCCCGCGAGCUCCCCUGCGGAGCUGCCGCUGGUCGCCGCCUCGCCGCUGACCAACAACAGCAGCUUUACGCCGCACUCGCAGAACGCGAAUGCGUCGCCGGCUUUGCUCGGCAAGGAUGCGAGCACGCCCUCGCCACCCUGCCUGAUCAUCGAUUCCAGCAAGAGUGCCGAUGUGCACGAUUCCACCUCCUUGCCGGAAACAGCUGUUGCAGCGGUUGCUGUGGUGGGAGCUGCUCUGGGCUCGAGCUCGCCGCUGUGCGUCAAUGUGGGCAACUAUGAUAAUAGCAACAAUUCCCUGCCUUCAGCCAGCGGCUCCGGCUCCAGCAAUUCCUGCAACAGCAAUUCGAACAACAAUAACAACAACAAUAACAAUAACAACAACAAUGGCAACAACAACAACAACAACAACAACAGCCGCGGCGGCGGAGCUUUACUUCCAUUGAAAAAAGACUGUGAGGUUAGAUGAUAAUCAUAAAGCCAGCCCACGACCAAGCUAUAUAUACGUACACAUAUAUAUAGAUAUAGAAAGAGAGAAACGAUCCAGAGUUCGUUCACUUCCAGCAGCAACAAAGUGUCCUAAAAACUAAAUUCAAAUCCCAAAACGAAAACUCAGUGUAAAACAUUUUCUACAAGCACAACCCAAUUUUCCUGCCCCACUUUGAGAAGAUUUUGUAAAGAAAAGCACACACCAAUCCCGACCUUGUACAGUUAGCUUGUAAGUGCAAAACCUAACCUAUAAAAAAAACAAGUUAAAUCUAACCUAUAAAAAACGAAACCUAACCUAUAAAAACCCAAACCGAAAGCUAACCUAUAAAAAACGAAACAUAACCCUACUUUUGUCCCGUUUUUGUUGUGCACACACCAGAUAUUAACUAUAUAGUACUAUAUACACUAUAUAACAAAUACUAAAUCGUAAUUGUACAUUUUAAAGCGAAUUUUAUAUAUAUACACACACAUAUAUAUAUAAAUAGAACUGUAGACUAGCCUCUAUGUAAAAUACUGUAUUAAAGUUAAACAACAAACGGAAUUCGCAAUUAUGUUUAGCCUAAAUAUCAGAGAGUUAAAAGAGAGAAAGGAGAAAAGAAAAUGCUCGGUUUUCUAGUUCUAGUUAACCCACUUCCAUAAAAAAU